UCGAAACUCUUUCCAACCACCAUCACAAAAAUUCAAACUUAACAAGUCUCGCCUGACUUCGACGGCGGGAAUUUGGGGUCAAUGGAGACGAUUUCUCGGCUUCGUUCUGCUCUUCUCAAUGCUUUGGGUAGUGGAGGAUCGCAGUACGCAGAACAAGAAGUAUUUGACGAGCUCAUGGUUCACAAGGCGCGUUUGGUGAAAGUCUUCGAUGUGGGGCUACGGAAUAUUGAACAUCAGAAGGAAAUAGAAUCUGGCAAAACCUUCAUAAACGGCAAGCAAGUCGCAAUCAACCCAGAGUUCGCGAGACAGGUCGUAUUCCUUUCCCAACAGCUCGAGUGCUCAGAACGCUACAUAGCCGGUUUACUUAAUGAUGUUAUGGCUCAAAACCCUAACGUCAGCGCGGUGAACUGCGUCGAAACAACAAUCCUCGAGUUUCACCAACGCCGUCGGAAUCUCGCAGAUUCCCUGCGCAUCUUGAUGCAGGUUACCGAGAUUGGAGUCUCCGAAGACACUUCCGAAUUUUACCGAAAUGUUGCACAAUUUGUCGUUGCAGAGAUUAUCCCACCCGAGCGACUACGGACUAGUCGUGGUGUAAUUCCUUUCGCACACCGCCUCUUCAAAGAGAUGGAGCACUUGGGCACGGUUUUAUCUCGGGUAGAUGCUGCGAGGAGAAAUGCUCAAAGUAACACCGUCAUACCGCCUGGCCAAGGUACCAUGACCGUCGGAUCUGAUAUUUUGAAUGGCCGAUACGAUUCUCUGAAGUACGAGCGAAGGACGUUGGCGACCGCUUUCUAUCAUCUACUUCACGCUGGCUACUUCUCGCCAUCAGAACUCAAGCUCGUCGUGGAAUGGCUACAAGUCAAUCCCAACCACGGCAUGACUUAUUACGUCCUCACAGCACUUCUGGCCGCACUAGACCCUGCCAGUACUGAUAGUCGAGCUGGCAAGUUCCGUGCUCUUCUCGCCAACGACCCAGCAAGCGUUUCAUUCAUGACCCAAAAGCUGGCGCCGACAUCGUCCUGGAAAGAGCCCGGAUUGAAGGCCGUCAUUCUCCUCGAGUGGACAUUAUUUCUUACUUGGCAUCGGCACAACAAUCCUCAGCUCCAAAAUAGAGAAGGAUUCCGCACGGAGGAGUUGGAACUCCAGAUCUGGAAUGCAGUACAAGGCGACCUCUUCACGUACCUCAGUGUCGCGGUCCUUCAGCUGCAGCGAAGAUAUGGAGGCCCUCUCAUCCCAUCGCUUCUUGUCAAUCUCGUGCCUUCGCAGGAACAGCAGGAACAACGGGAAGUUCCUUCAGACGAUUUCAAGUUGCAUGUGUUGUCAGCUUUCGAGGCCUUAAUCCGAAUGUUGAUCACACAUGCAUCCUCUGAACUGCGAAAAAUCAAGCAACGUCAGGAGGAUCUCGUUCUGGCGAGUGCUCGUGACCGUAAUCGCGCAGCCACAGGUCGUUACGGUGGUGGAGUGGGAGGGGGAGGGGGAGACUCGACGCAAGAAGCAGCGGAUCGAUCUUCUCCUCGAAACGAUAUAGCCAUGCUCUAUUCAUUCAUCGGAAUUUUGUACACUUCUCUUCCCGAAGAGUCCGCUUUGCAGUUUUGGGGAGCGGGGCCCAAUGCAGAGACCCGACCGCCAACUUACCUGGAGCAGCUCGAGACAACCGCCGGUCGAUUACCAGCGUUUUUGCAAUGGGCAAUAUGGUCUACGCAGGCUCACGAUUCGACCAUGUCGAUGUCGUUAUAUGACAUGUUAGCCGGUCUAGCAAAGGGACAACAUUGUAGCGAGUUGGCCUACAAUUUCAUGGCUAAAGGUGGAGGAGAAGUUAUCUCUGGCAGUUCCUUACCCACAGGUGGUGGAAGUGCGUCUUCGGUUUCGUGGGACGUCAUCUUUGGUAUUCUAGAUGCCUGGGCCUCUGGACCCGCUGCGGCACGAAGUGCGAUGCCGAAUCCUCUACCCCAGAAUUCGUUCGGUGGGAGUCAAUCUACUGCUCACCAAGUCCAACAGUCACAGAUCGGAUUGUCCAUUACCCCGAAAGAUGUGCUACUCGCGCAAUCUUUUCUUCGUUUGCUGUCUGCAGUGGUCACGUAUUCAACCGCAGUCCGCGUCGCUAUCUCUGGCCAUUCUCAUUUCCGUGCUAUUCCCACACUGGUUUCCCUCAUUCCUCUAAGCGUACCACUUGAGUUGAAAGGCAUGCUUUUCGAGACCCUCGCGGCAUUUUGUCAGCCUGGUGCGGGCGUUCCUGGAGUGGAAAUAUGCAAAGCCGUCUGGACACUUAUGGAAAAACUGGAGGUUAUCAAUGUCCGUGCUUCCACAGGUGGUUUCGGAGUCUUUCGCCCUGUAAAAGGUGUGGAGGUGGAACUUGAGGAGGUUGAAGCCACGCAUGGACUUUAUCCUGCAACCAUUCCCUUCCUCAAGUUGCUGAGCACAUUGAUUCAUACGCAGAAACGGAUACCGUUCAGGGAUCGAGUAGCAGACCGUGCUUCUGUAAGCACUGUCCCCGAUACCUUAGGGCAACCCUACCGGUUGCCAGGUAUAGGACCCUUCGUGGCGUUCGUUAUUGACAACGUAUUCUCGAGAAUACCGUCUCGAGAGUAUCUUCGCCCUUCUGAGCGAUGGCAGAUCAAUGAUUUGUGUUUAUGCUUUGUGGAACGAGCGAUUGCUAGUUACGACCUCGAGUCCUUCCUUCUGGCGACGGAAUCAAAUGAACUGAAGAACAACACGAUAACACCCUAUCUCGUCCACCCAGGGUACGACAUCAUGAACCGAUUGCUCACGGAUGGAGGCGAACGCCCGUUGCACCAGUCGCUUCUCUCUUACAUCAUCGAGGGACUUCAGGGCUUCGAAAAGGGUUUUGCCAAGGAGGAGCCAUAUUUUGAAAGCACUAUCGUGAGGGUGCUCAGAAUCGUGCUUCGGGUGUUGGAGAUUCAAGACAUCUUCUUGGACGUUCUUAUUCCGCUACUAAAUGAUCUCGAUGGAACACCUCUUGUAGAAACAGUACACCAUCGUUCUCACUACACCGCGUUCGAUAAGACUUUGUCGUUUGUCCCUCAAGCAAUUCCUGCUCUAGGAGCAUACGUCUCCUACCCUUCUCAUUUCGAAAUCGUUUUUCUCUCCGUGAAGAUCCUCUCUAUCUUAUCAAAAUCGACCGCAUUCACAAAUCUAGCAGCCUUGGUUGAACGGAGCGACGAAUCGGACCGUAUAUUGACAGGAUACGUUAACCUUUUGCAGGUAGAGAGCUCUGAGGACGUCUCUACGGCAGAAACUAUUGCGGAACAGGGUACCGGUGCCGGUGCUCCUGAUAUCAGUAGUCCCCCUGUACCACUUGAACAGGCUACAAGAGUAGCUGCCCUUGAUCUUUUACUUCAGAACACAGAGUCCAAUCGGCCCUACCCCAAUUUUGCUCAUUUUUUAUUGUUCGGCUCCACGCAAAACAAUCAAGGGAUCCAGGAUCCCCAUGCUCUCGGAUCAAGGAGGACAUGUAUUCAUGUUAUCUUGGAUCUAUUAAACCUAGGCAUACCAAAAUUAAAAGGGAGAGUGAAAGAUCGGACCCACGCCCUCCAAAUGGCGCCUCUGUUUGCCACUCUUCCAGCCUUGGCAGAGCGAUGCUACCACAUCAUAUACCAGCUUUGUGUUCAACCUCGAACCUCAGGAUUUUCGAUGCGCUACCUUCGCACCCGGGAAGAUUUCUUUGCCCGUCACUUGGCCGCCAUUCCUUCUCAGGUUCCCGAGGAUUAUAACGAACCUUGCAUACAGGUCCAAUAUCAGGAUGGUUCCCGCGUAACAACGACUACUGCGACUCUCAGCUCGUUUUUGCGAUCGAGAUCUUGGAUAUUCAAUUUGGUCGCUCUAGAUCUUCAUGUGCUUACGAACAAAGGUCAGCAUGCUGCCGUAUCGGAACUUCUGAAUAUCUUGUAUGGCAAUGAAUCUCCCUCGGAAGAUCCUGAUGUAUGGGAGGAUGAGAUGUCGCGUCCGUUCCGCGAGGUAGGGCAAUCACAUCUGAGGAUCAUUGGGCUCGUUCAGUCUCACACAUUCGACUGGUCCGACACAUUGGAGGUCCGCAGUGUUCAACUCCAAUUCUUGGAUAAACUGAACCUAUUAUCUUGCGUACGCAAAGACUCGUCUGGUUGUGAGAUAAUCGACCGAUCAGAACUUUUGUCGUUACUCUCCGCCGCCAGACGAACAUUAUUCUCCCGAAAUACGAUCGUCACACCUGUUCAGGCCGAACAGCUCAAUUUGGAGACCAAUUACAUUCUCGAGAGUUGCGCAGUGGAAAAUCAUCGGCGCCAAAUCUUAUAUGCCACCAGCACUGGCUUCGAGGCAUGGCGAAGAUUAUUAGACACAACCUUAAGCAAGUGCUUCCAUCGUCUACCCCACGAUCAUCGCGAAAACAUGCUUUUCGACAUUCUUCAUGUUCUCCCCCCCAUCAUCAACUCGGGUAAUGUGGAUGACUCAACCACAGUAUUACUGUCUGGAGUCAUUCUAUCUUCGAUCACGAAGUUGCGAGAGGAUAGGCGACAUCAAGUCAUUCUCCAAUCUGCUGGCGGCGAUCCCGAUUCUGGCGUUCUACCAGCAGAGCGACUGUAUGCCAUCCUUCGGAGCUUCUUAGCUUGCAUUGUCAACAGCAGCGGCACAGAAUUUGUUCGGGGGAAUUUAUAUGCUGCCCUAAUUAACUACAUCCAUCUCAUUUCAUCUUCUGACGACCUUUCACCUUCACAUAGAACUAUCGAUGGGCUACAUCUGUCACUCCUGAAGUCCAAUAACCGUGCGGAUGAUUCUGCCGACUUCAUGGCUGUUGUACCCUCUACCCGAAGCCAGUCGUCUCAUCAGACCGUUCAAGCAAACAGUUUGUCUUUGAUGAAGCCUUCUUUAGAGCGGUUGGUGACCAUAAUAUCCCGAGAUGCCAUUGAUGGUACCGAAGUUUGGAGAACGGUCGCGUUUUUGCUUUUGGAUUCCCUGGUUCAACUUUCAGCGUUCGACAAGCAUCAUCCCAUUACAAAUUUUGUCGUCCGCCACGGCAUUCUCUCAAAUUUCGUUCAAGGGUUGAACGAUUCUGAUUUGCUCCUGCAAUCUAUUUUAAAACCAGACCCCGAUGAUUUGAACCCUCUUUAUGUUUAUGAGGCAAAGAUGUCGUUCUUCAUACGACUUGCGCAAACCCGGGCCGGUGCAGAGCGACUACUCGAGGCUCACCUGAUUCCUGUGUUGGCACAAUGUGAUUAUUUAGACGCUCGACCUGAAGCUGACUCGUCUUUCGUUGAUCACGAUACUUUCCUUCCCUCCGCCAUUCAGCGAUAUCACCAAUUGUUCAUGCCCAGUCUUCAGCUUGUGAACGCGAUGUUAGCGACUCUGAGCGCGAAACACGCGACAGCUUCCAGCCAGAUCCUCGACUUCCUAUCUCGUCACAGUUCUACAAUAGUAAUCCUGCUCAAAAAUGAGACUGAUGAUGCUUCGUUGGCCUUGUUGGAGGAGAUACAUUUACUAGUCUCUCUUGGUGCCCAGGUCCUUCCAUUGGUGCCACGUACAGAGCUGUUGUCGACUCACUCUGGAUUUGGCGCAAUAAAUAGUGCGAUAUUGUCCCUUUCUACAAGGUGCCUAGCGAACGGGCCUUGGAUAGAGAAUAUCAAACCACAAACAGACGCGGAAAUUACAGACGCUAACACGCCUGCGUCAGGGUUUGGGCCUGAAAGUAAGUUUGAUGCCAAUGUGCGGAGAACUGGGAAGAUAUUACAGAAAGCACUCGUUGCUUACGCUGGAGCUAUAAGUGAUUUCACCGAACCCGAAAUAAACCCAGUGCUAUCUCCGAUUCAUACAUUAUCGCGCCAUGAGGAGAGGGGGCAUUUCCUCGCAACCAUACCUACUCUUGGAGAUGCUCUUGAAGCGCUUGCUACGCUCUGCAACGAUCUUGCCGGGACUUUACGACAAAUAUCUGACAUCUCAGCGGAGCUUAGUUCCAAAGCACUUGUCGCCGUUGACAACAUCCAUGAGAUGGUCCAUGAUGUGGACUUCGAUUUCAUCCAAGAUUUGGAAAUUGAACAAAAGAGAUCGUUGGUCUGUCGGGAACUGCAACGUAUAAGGCACCUCGCGACAAACGAUGCCAGGCUUACUAUUAGCACUGUUGAAAUGGUCCUUCUUCUGUUGUGGAGACAUAUAGGCUAUUACGGCGAAAACGAAAACCAGACGCCCAAAAAUCCGGGUUCAAGCACGCUAGGAGGAUCUGCCAUGAGAUUCCUAGCGGCCCCCGAACCUGAAAACUUGCGUUUGGAAGUCGGCAGAAAGCUACAACCGUCUUUACAACGCCUUCAAUCACUUGUGGACGAUGAAUCACUCGGAGAGGAAUGGCAAGCCAACCAGGCCUACGUCGAGAUAAUGUGUCGGCGGAUACGAGACAGUGUGGGGCUCCACGAUGCUGAGUUAAUGCCUUCUGAUGAUAACCCGUGAAAUCUAGCUAUGUAUAUGAUACGUAUGUUGUACA